AUGGCUGACAACGAUGCUCCAGCUCAAAACAUUACCUCUAACAAGAGUAAUGCAUCUUCGGAGAAGGAUAUCGAAAUGUCAAUUGAUGCAUUGGCAAGUACAGUUCAAGAAACCUUCUCAUUUUCAAAGAGACAUAAGUUCUGGGAGACCCAACCGGUUCGCCAGUUUAACGAUAUUGGAGAUACGAGCCUUCCUGAAGGGCCGAUUCAACAGCCUACACCACUAUCUGAAGUCAAGCAAGAGCCAUAUAUUCUUCCAUCUGCCUAUGAAUUGGUCACUUGCAAUAUGGAUUCUGAGGAGGUGUGUAGUGAGGUUUAUACUUUAUUGACCAAUAACUAUGUUGAGAAUGAUGGUAGCAUGUUUAGAUUCAAUUACUCGAAAGAGUUUCUUAGAUGGGCACUCUGUCCUCCUGGUUAUUUCCCGAGCUGGCACGUUGGGUUGAGGGUUAAGACUUCGAAGAAACUAGUUGCAUUCAUUAGUGGGAUCCCUGCAAAAAUUCGUAUCCGGGAUGCUGUAGUGCAGCUUGCACAGAUCAAUUUUUUGUGUGUUCAUAAGAAGCUCCGGUCUAGAAGACUAACUCCGGUCAUGAUUAAGGAGGUUAGUCGCAGGGUUCGUAUGGAGAAUAUAUGGCAGGCGGCUUAUACUGCUGGUGUUGUUUUGCCUACACCGAUUGCAUCAUGUCAGUACUGGCACAGGUUGUUAAAUACGAAGAAGCUACUUGAUGUUGGGUAUAUUAGACUUGAUGCAUUGACGAGCAUGACCGGCUAUAUCAACUUUAACAAGUUACCAGAGCAAACCGCAACUCCCGGCUUCAGAAAGAUGGAACCUCAUGAUGUUGCUGCAGUUACUCGUUUGCUCAGGGAAUACUUGAAGCAGUUUGUUGUGGCGCCAGAUUUUGAUGAGAACGACGUCGAGCACUGGCUGCUCCCCAAGGAAGACGUCGUGGAUAGUUAUCUAGUCGAAAGUCCUGAAAGCCACGAAAUCACUGAUUUCUGCAGUUUUUACUCGGUCCCCUCUUUGAUACUUGAUAGCCAGACGCACUCAGUUCUGAAGGUGGCCUACUCCUAUUACAACGUAUCCACCAAGACACCGUUGCUUCAAUUGAUGAACGAUGCCCUCAUUGUUGCCAAGAAGAAGGACUUCGACGUUUUCAACGCUUUAGAUGUUAUGCAGAACGAGAUAUUCUUGCAGAAGCUCAAGUUUAACCCCGGGGACGGGAAGCUUCGUUACUAUCUGUACAACUAUCGGGUAAAGCACAUCCUGAGAUCAUCGGAGCUUGGCCUCGUGCUCUUAUAGGUUCAUAGGUUAUGCUGUCACCAGUGAGCAAUUAUUUUGUACAAGUGGUGUUUUUUCUCUAUUCUUGGAAGACUACUAUCUUUGGUAUUCCCAAACCAAAAAAAUUAGAUGAAUCUGUUACUGAACAUUUGUACAUUGCAUAUUCAUGCUAAUAUGCACAUUAUUAUCAAUAUCUAUUUCCACAAGUAAAAGCUGAAUAUUACACCAGUUUAGCUA